AGCCCAAGCAUUCACAUAAAGGAUAAAGAAAAGGCCUUCUCAACCUGCUGCAGACUCUCCCUUAGUAAGAACAAUGUCCGGCGAUAAUCACUGGACCUUCUCCUUCAAUGAUGAUUAUCAAGAGAGAAGAAGCUACGGAGUGAACGGUCGGAUCAUGCUCAUUGCCGUCAUCUCAUUGUUCUUUGUCGUAGUCAUUGUCAUCAUCCUCCAUAUCUAUGCUAGAUGUAUCAUCCGUCGUCAGGCAAGACGCCGGGCCAUGAUCCGUCAACUGAACAUGGCCAUUGCAGAUGCACAUAGGCAGUCCCAAGAACCACCCAAGACCGGGCUCGAACCGUCGGUCAUCACUACACUCCCUAUAUUCACCUACAAACAAGCCGACCGGAUCGACGACGUUGGUGUCGAAUGCACAGUUUGCCUUAGUGCAUUAGAGGAAGGGGAGAUCGCUAGAAUUCUGCCUAACUGUAAGCACAUGUUCCAUGUGCAGUGCAUAGACAUGUGGUUGCACUCUCACUCGACAUGCCCAAUUUGCAGAACUGGGGCUGAGCCUCGACCCCAACAUGUGAACAGAGAACCAGCAGCCUUCGCAGGUGCAUCGGCUCCACCUUUGGAUUUGUUGAACCGGACGGCAUCAAUGGCAUCUGAGGGUACAUCGAAUGCGGCAGCCCAGUCCUCGAAAAUGGGCGGAUCGGGUUCGCGAUUGAGCUCUUUUAGGAGGAUGCUUAGUUGGGAGAGAUCGGAGAGGAGGAUGCAAUCAUGUGGGCAAUCUGAUGCUGUUGAAGAUCCGGAGAGGCAGUGAAAUUUGGUUUACUAGUUCCUUAUACUACUUCUCAUUUCCUUUUAUUCACUUGGGUUUAUGGAUUUAUCUGUGAUAAAGCCUCUUUUUUUUUUAAUACAUUCCUCUUUGGGU